AUGCAACUAAUACCUCUGGCAGCAGGCCUAUUGAUCCCUGUGCUUGCUCACGCUGCGCCAACAUCUUCAAACCCGGUCAAUCCCAAGGUCAAGGGCACACCAAAAGUACUCGGGCUUGUGACAGAUCCGUCGCUGGACCGAGACUCAUGCGGCUCAGCCAAAUUCAAUGACCGUGUCCUCUGGGUGUGCCGAGACACACAGAACUGGGGACCAAACGGUCUACCAACAUUCCCACUCAUCACCAGCUCCGCCUCAUGGACGGAGUACAACUCUCAGGGUGGACCACGUCUCGUCACGCCCGCCGGCGCAGACACCGCUGAAUACCUGAUGUACGGCGACAAUCACAACCAGUCAUUUUACCCCCUUAUGUACGACGAGUGCAAUGAGACGCAAUCGGGCCAAUGCGGCGAUCUCUCACGCUACGCUCUUUGGCCAGACAGCCCUCCCAUGGUUACAAUGACCAACCCGGACGCAUCGGUGCUCGCAUAUACGUGGGUGAAAAAGAGCCACAUCAUGCCUGACCUAUCUACCCUAAUCGCUGAUCCGGCUACGUCCCUCUAUCGUGUCAAUUAUGUUCCCUACCGCGAUGGUCCCACCGGUCUGCCGCAGGUGGAAAUCGUCAACGAGACGUUUUGGGGAGAGAAUGAGAUCCCCUAUGGAGAUUAUGGUAAUGUCGUCCAAGACGGAGUAGCCUAUCUAUAUGGCCAAAACUCCAACGGGACCGUUGCGCUUGCCAAGGUGGAUCCGCUGAACAUCGAGAAGAAAUGGAUGUAUGAGUAUUGGGCCAGUGGCUCCUGGACCUCGCAACAGCCUGCGAGCGAUGAUCCAAGCAUCAAUAUCCCCAACGUCACGGCCGGUGGUCAAGGCACGUUCUACUGGUCCGAUCCAUGGCAGUCGUUUGUGUGGAUCGGCCAGCAUGGUCAAUCUGUCUCAGCAGACUUUUACAUCACCACUGCCCCUAACCCGCAGGGGCCGUGGACAGAGCCUGUCAAUUUCUAUUCAGGUGUCAAUGGGAACUAUACCCUGCCCGCUUAUACACUGCAGGCACAUCCUUCUCUUACUACCCCAUGGGGCAAUGAUAUUUAUUUGACAUAUACCAAGACGGAUGUUGUGGAUGGAGAUGCUAUUUAUUCUCAUCCGUUGAUUCAUGUGCAAUGGGAAUAA